GAUAGAUUGGCAUUUGGAAAAUUGUUCUACUCUGGAUCAUGCUUUGGACUCUCGUGGAUAAAGUAAAUUUAGAGAAAACAAAUAACAAAGAGAAAAAUUAUCAAACCAGACGUCUUUUUCUCAAUUUCUCUAUCAUCGUUAUAUUACCAUUACUCAACUGUUUCUAACUUUCUAUUUAAAAUUUCUAUGGUUUUUAAUUUCCAGAUAUGUUAGAAAUGUCAGCUGUAAAUUGUUUCAGUCUUAAGUAUUACCUGUACGUACUUAUAAUGGUAUUUAUUGUCUUUUGUCCAAUAACAUUUGCCCAGUGUCCAACCACUGGUACAUCUUGGGUUAGAGAUGAAAAUAACUGUUCAAAAUAUUAUGUAUGUCUUCAUGGAAAGCGCAUCUCAAUGCCACCUUGUCCUCAUCGUACUGUAUAUUCUCUGUUGACUCAUUCGUGCGUGUGGCAGAAUUCUCAUGCUGAUGAUUGUUCGAAAGAGAUAUCAACAACAAAGAGAAUUGAUCUUAAUGCAAAGAAUAGACAGAACAAAAUCGUUGUUCGAAAAUUUCCCUCAAGAAAAAACCGUACACAUAUUUUGCAUCAUCUCAUUGUUAGAACAACAACAGCAACAACAACAACAACAGACGAACCGACGUUGAGUAGUACUUGGAUGAAAAGCGUUAACAGAAUAGUGAACUUAUCUUCGGGUGGAAUCGAGAAUAAUAUACUGCAAUCUAAUUAUACGAGUGACAACGAUACUGAAAUUAAAGACAGCGUUCAAGUAGAUUCUGAUAUGGCUAAAAAACAUACAGAUGAAAAAGAUUAUUAUUAUUUCUAUUAUUACGAUAGCGAAGACAGUGAAAAUAAUCAAUUUGAUUCUGACGAUUACUCUUGGGAAUAUAACAAUGCAGAUUACGAUGACGACUGGUCGGAAGAUGUUGAUGAAGGUUCCUGUGGUUAUUCAAUAAGCCCUUUCAUAAUCGGUGGAGGCCAAGCAGCAGAAGGAACUUGGCCCUGGCAGGUUUCCUUGCAGGUACUUACCGAUCCACCAGCGCAUCGAUGUGGUGGAGUACUCGUUCACCCAAGUUGGAUCCUUACUGCAGCGCAUUGCGUGUAUGGUACUUUCAACAGUCCUCAAAUAUUACAAGUGGUGUUAGCUGACAACGACCUAAUCAAUGAUUCGGGAUUUGAAGUGUACAGAUAUGUGGAUGAAAUAGUAAUCCAUCCUGAUUAUGUCCCAGCUGGUGGCUACCCAAAUGAUAUUGCUCUAGUUAAGCUGUCAGCACCUGUUAAUCCUUUUGAGAAUUUUGUAAACACUGUUUGCGUACCUGGACAGGAAGAGGUAUUCGAUGAAAAUGAUGAUUGUUACAUGACUGGCUGGGGUGCAACUCUCGGGACAGGAUACAGAUGGGUAUUAAACGAACUGGCUACAGAUAUCCGAACAACAGAUUAUUGUCAAACUAUGUGGAAAAAAAAUUAUGUUGAGUACUCGCAUCUCUGUGUUGGUAAUGGAGAAACCGGAGCCUGUCAGGGUGACUCCGGAGGUCCUUUAAUGUGUGCAAGAAAUGGCCAAAUGUUCGUUGUUGGAAUUGCAUCAUGGGCAGUGAUUGGAUGUCGUCGAGAUGGUUACCCCAAUAUGUUUACUAAAGUGUCAUCAUAUAGUGACUGGAUAUUUACCACAAUAGCAAAUUGACUGAUUAAA